AUGAUCAGUGUCUUGGAUACUUCCGCCCCGACGCUCUCGGAGGUCCCCAAGGGCCGGACGGAGGAGCAAGCUCUCUAUUUGGGCUCAGCAAAGGCAAACAUCGGCCACGGUGGGGCGUCCUCCGGUGUCUCGGCCCUGAUAAAAGUGCGUCUGAUGAUACAGAAGAUCAUGAUUGUCCCUCACUGUAGGAUCAAGACCAAAACCAAUUCCAAGUUCCUGACUGAUCUAGGAGAGCGAAAUAUCAAUAUCGCUCUGAAGCCAACGGUGUGGGAGAGAAGUACCGACCCUUCCAGACCUCGCCGCGUCUUCGUGAACAACUUCAGCGCGGCUGUUGGCAACUCAGUACUCUUGAUUGAAGACGCACCAGUCCAGAAGUAG